UCUGUAUCAAGAGCCUCGAGCAGCUCUUUGCAUGAGUGUAGAUGGGAUUGGUGCAGAGAUAUAUUCGGUACGGCAGACAUGCUCGCAAAACACGUUCUCGAUGACCACGUCGCAAACGAGACGCCCGUGAGAAGGGAAGACUUGCGACUUGAAAUGCGUGCUCACGACGGUACGAGCAUUGGAGGUGAGUUAUGUGGCUCACUUACC